AUGCUGCCCCUAGCAGCAAGAGUACAAGUUAUGUGUCUUGAUAAGACAGGGACAUUAACAACAAAAGAAAUGUCUCUUCUUGCUAUUCAUACAAUAAAUAAGGGAAUAUUUUAUUCCCUUAUAAGGAGCAGCAGAGGCAGCAGCAGCAGCAACAGCAGCAACAGCAGCAGUGGUGGUGGUAGUAGUAGUAUUAGUAGUAGUAACAAAGGAAGGAGACAGCAAGGAGACAAUGGAGACAGCAGUCCCUCUGCUGCUAUCCCUAUGCAUAGACAGGAAGAAGAAGAACCCCUUAUUAUGCAUGCAGAUGCAGCAGCAGCAGCAGCAGCAGCAAACCCCACAAAGUCGGGAUCGGGAUCGAUGAGUCUGCUGCUGCGUCAGUGUCUUGCCUGCUGCAACUCCCUGCACUAUUCAGCACACGGAGUAGCACAGUGGGUAAGACAGCAGCAGCAGCAGCAGCAGCAGAAUGCUGCAUUAGGAGGCAAAGGGAUUUAUACGGGGGAAGAGUUACUGGCUAUAUCAGAAGCAGCAGCAGCAGCAGCAGCAGACAGCAGCAGAGGAUCUGCUGCUGCUGCUGCUGCUGCAGCAGUAAUCGAGGGAGCCACCAUAGAGAGAGAAUCUCUAAGAGCAAGCGGAUAUGAAUUAAUAGAAGUUGCUGCUGCUGUCUUAGCAGAGAACAAGCAGCAGCAGCAGCAACAGCAGCAGCAGCAGCAGCAACUAUUUCGUGCAACAACUGCGUGGGCUGCAGAUCUACAGAAGCACCGAAGGACCCGUCAAUUUCUUGUCCCUAGGCCUGAGACCGUGCAACAACUGCAGCAGCAGCAGCAGGAGGGAGAAGCAGCAGCAGCAGCAGCAGCAGCAGCAGCAGCAGCAGCAGCAGCAGCAGCAAACAUGUUAGAGAUAGUAGCUCCUUAUAGUUUUAAUGAGACAAAUGGAUUAAUUAGUGUUGUUGCUCGUGCAUGCAAAGACACAGGGGGGUGCCAUGGGGCCCGUGGGUAUAUUUUUUGUAAGGGAAGACACGAAGAGUUGCUGCGUGUCUGCAGCAAAGACACAAUACCAUCUAAUUAUAUGCAGCAAGCAGCAAUGCAUGCAAGAAAAGGAUAUUAUGUUGUUGCUCUUGCUUAUAGAGAAUUAACACAGAAAGAGAUUGAUACCCUUGAUGGGAUCGGUAGUACUGGGAUCGAUGGGAUCGAUGGGAUCGGUGGGAUCGGCGGUGGGAUCGAUGGGAUCGGUGGGAUCGGUGGGAUCGGUCGUCUCCCACGAUCCCAGGUUGAGUCUAACUUAUGCUGCUUAGGUCUUAUAUUAUAUGGUAAUAAACUUCGUCAUGAUACAAAGGAGACAAUAAAAGAAUUAAGAGGAGGAGGUAUACAUUGUGUUAUAUUAACAGGAGACAAUCCAUACACCGCAAUUGCUGUAGGGAGACAGGCGGGUCUAUUUACUCGAACCCGAUCCCGAUCCCGAUCCCAAAGGAGACAGCUCACUGCAGCAGCAGCAGCAGCAGCAGGAGCAGAAGAGAUAGAAGAUGACGAGGAAGAGAUAGAAGAAGAGACAGAUAUAGAGUUACUACCACAAGCAAGCAGAGAAGAAGGAAAUGCAACAAAAACAGCAUCAGCAGCAGCAGCAGCAGCAGCAAAAAGAGCAGCAGCAGUACCAGUGUUAUUAGGGAGUGUUGUUACAGAGACUAAUAAUAAUAAUAGUAAUAAUAAAGGAGACACUUCGUGGGGUGUCUCUCCUCAGCAGCAGCAGCAGCAGCAGCAACAACAGCAGCAGCACGUGGUCCAAUGGACCAAUGUAGAUACAGGGGAGAUAAUAAGCCCUAAUAGGGUUUAUAGAUCACAAGAGUAUAAAGAAUUAGCAGUAACACUUGCUGCAGCAAAAGUUCUUAUGACGACUCCCGAUCCCGGGACCCCACACGAUCCCGAUCCCACCGAUCCCGAUCCCACCGAUCCCGAGGGAGGUGGAGUUGUGGGGUCGAAGAAGGUAACAGAGGAGACAACUUUAUUGCAUGGUAGAGAUGCCUUAGGUGGGUCUCCAUUAAGCGGAUUGCCUCCUUCUUCUUCUCCUUUCUCAGCAGCAGCAGCAGCAGGUGCAGCAGCAGCAGCAGCAGGAGCAAAAAGAGCAGCAAAAAAAGGACAAUUAACCCCUUUUGUCUCCUUAUUUGCACGACUCCUCCCUCGUAUCCGUGUCUUCGGUCGAGUGUCUCCUUUAGGCAAGAAGCUGCUCGUGCUGCAGUACCAGAAAAGGGGACUAAUAACAUGUAUGGCAGGAGACAGCAGCAGCAACUCCCCUGCGCUGCAGCAAGCAGAUGUAGGUAUUGCUGUCUCUCAAUUGGGUUGUCUCCCUCUUACUUCUUCUGCCCCUUUUGCUGUUAUACUGUCCUCUCCUGCAGCAGACCAACACCAGCAGCAGCAACAGCAGCAGCAGCAGCAGCAGCAGCAGGAGGGGAAGAAGUGGCAAGGUUUAUCUAUAUCUAUGCUCUUUUCUUAUCCUAUUUAUAAUUGUCCCUUUUUAUCAUCUAGAUCCUCUCCUCCUGUCUCCUCCCCUUUUGCUGCUCCUGUUGUACUCUCUGUUCUCUCUCUUGCUGCUGUUGAUCUUGCUACUCUUGCCCUGCUGCUGCUGCUCUUCUAUCAACCUAAUAUGUUUCCUCUUCCUUGCUACUGGACACACAAAGAAGACACUCAUGAGCCAGAAGAAACUGAUGCUGAUGCUGCUGCUGCUGCUGCAGCAGCAAAUGCAGCAAAAGCAGCAAAAGCAGCAAAAGCAGCAAGAUUAGCAAGACUAGCAAGAAUAGCAAGAGCUGCAAGAGCAGCAGGAGCAGAAAGAGCAGAAGAAGCGACAAGCUCACUGUUGCAGCAGCAACAGCAGCAACAGCAGCAACAGCAGCAACAGCAGCAACAGCAGCAACAGCAGCAAGAAAGCAGCAGUUCUCAGAGCUUUAAUGCCUUGCAGAUGCAACAACGCCUUCGAGAUAGAAAUGGACAGCAGCAACAGCAGCAACAGCAGCAGCUGCAGCAAGUGCAGCAACUGCAACACCAGCAGCCACCAGUGGAUACGUCUGGAUUUAGUGCUACUGUCUCCUCCUCCACGGAAGGAUCGAUGCUGCAGCAGCAGCAGAAGCAGCAGCAGCAAGCAGUAGCAGCAGCAGAAGCAGCAGGAGUGGAUAUUGACGACUUUGAGGGAUACCUGUCCCUUGAUGCUGAUCCCCUGCUGCUGUACGAAGCUGCUGUUGCCCUGUCUCCUCUGCCUGCAGCAGCAGCUAUCAAUGACAGCAGCAGCAGCAGCAGCAGCAGCAAUACGGCCACCCCACAUUGGUUGCCUCCUUCUUUCAUGGAGGAGACAGCAGGAGGAGUACCACUGUCUGCUGCUGCUGCUCCUCGUCCUCCUCUUCCUGCUGGAGCAGCAGCAGCAGCAGCAGCAGAAAAGGAGACAGAACUAUUUGCUGCAGGUUAUGCUGCAGCACAAGCUGCAGCAGAUGGUGCUGCAGAAGAUGCAGCAGAAGAAGCAGCAGAUGCAACUGCUGCAGCAGCAGUAGCAGCAGAAGCCUGUCCCGCUGCAGUAGGAGCUGCAGACGCAGCUGACAGUGCAGCAGCAGAAGCUGCAGCUGGACCAGCUUGUGCUGCAGUUUGUCCAGAAGUAGCAAAAGCAGCAACAGCUGCAGCAGCAGCGGCCUAA